UGGGCUGGGCGCGGACCGCGCCGCGCUGCGCUGGUGGGUCGGGGCCGGCGGGGGGAGCGGGAUGGGCUGCGCGCCCAGCAUCCACGUCUCGCAGAGCGGCGUGAUCUACUGCCGGGACUCGGACGAGUCCACCUCCCCCCACCAGACCGCCGCCCUCUCGCAGGGCACCGCCACCACCCUGCACGGCCUCUUCGUCAAGACCGACGCGGCCGACUCCAUCCCCUCGGUGCUCGCCUACCAGAGCCGCCAGCCGCCGCCCUGCCCCGGCCCGCGCCGCCAGGAGCGCAGGGAGCCCGCGGCCGCCGGCCGGGCCGGGGCGCGCCGCUGCUGCAGCAGCGCCGAGGCGGAGACCCAGACCAGCCACACCAGUGUCAAGCAGGCUUCAACUACAGAGGUACAAAUUGGGCCCAUGAGACUGACACAAGAUCCUGUUCAGGUUUUGCUGAUCUUUGCAAAAGAAGACAACCAAAGUGAUGGGUUCUGGUGGGCUUGUGAUAGAGCUGGAUACAGGUGCAAUUUUGCCAGAACACCAGAGUCAGCGCUUGAAUGCUUUCUUGAUAAGCACCAUGAAAUAAUUGUCAUAGAUCACAGGCACGCCAGAUACUUUGAUGCAGAAGCAAUCUGCAGGUCAAUCCGUGCUACAAAGCCAUCGGAACACACUGUGAUACUUGCUGUUGUUCCCCGCAUAUCUGACCAAGAAGAGACCUCUGUUCUUCCCCUUCUCCGUGCGGGCUUUGAUAGGAGAUUUAUGGAGAAUAGCAGCAUUAUUGCUUGUUACAAUGAAUUGAUUCAAAUAGAACAUGGGGAGGUGCGGUCACAGUUCAAACUACGGGCUUGUAAUUCAGUGUUUACAGCACUAGAACAUUGUCAUGAAGCUAUAGAAAUAACCAGUGAAGAUCAUGUUAUUCAGUAUGUUAACCCAGCCUUUGAACGGAUGAUGGGCUAUCACAAGGGAGAGCUUAUGGGAAAGGAGCUUACUGAGCUACCAAAAAGUGAUAAAAACCGUGCAGACCUUUUAGACACUAUCAAUAUGUGCAUCAAAAAAGGAAAGGAAUGGCAAGGGGUUUACUAUGCAAGAAGAAAAUCAGGAGACAGUAUCCAACAACAUGUGAGGAUAACACCUGUGAUUGGUCAGGGAGGAAAAAUUAGACAUUUUGUGUCCAUCAAGAAGCUGUGUUGUACCAAUGAAAACAAUAAACAGCUCUACAAGAUUCAUCGUGAUGAGAAGUAUGCAGGAGACAAUUCACAGGCAGAAUCCCACUCCUUCAGAUACAAGAACAGGAGGAAAGAAUCAAUUGAUGUCAAAUCAAUAACAUCUCGAAGCAGCGAUGCGCCAAGCUUACAGAAUCGUCGGUAUUCAUCGAUGGCGAGAAUCCACUCAAUGACAAUAGAAGCACCCAUCACAAAGGUUAUUAACAUUAUCAAUACUGCCCAGGAGAACAGCCCCGUCACGGUAGCAGAGGCUUUGGACAGAGUUUUGGAAAUCUUACGGACAACAGAACUUUACUCCCCUCAGCUAGGUACCAAAGAUGAAGAUCCUCACACAAGUGAUCUUGUUGGAGGUCUGAUGACUGAUGGCUUGAGAAGACUGUCAGGAAAUGAGUAUGUAUUUUCUAAGAACAUGAACCAAAGCCAUAGUCACCUUUCAGUGCCAAUUACCGUCAACGAUGUACCACCUUGUAUCGCACAGCUACUUGAUAAUGAAGAAAGCUGGGACUUUAAUAUUUUUGAACUGGAGGCUGUUACAAAUAAAAGACCAUUAGUUUAUUUGGGUUUAAAAGUUUUUGCCCGGUUUGGGGUCUGUGAAUUUUUAAACUGUUCAGAAGCAACACUACGAGCCUGGUUCCAGGUGAUUGAAGCCAACUACCACUCCACCAACUCGUACCACAACUCCACACACGCAGCAGAUGUUUUACAUGCUACUGCAUUCUUUCUCGGAAAGGAGAGAGUUAAGGGAAACCUCGACCAUUUAGAUGAGGUGGCUGCAUUAAUAGCUGCCACGAUUCAUGAUGUGGAUCACCCAGGACGGACCAACUCUUUCCUGUGCAAUGCAGGAAGUGAAUUAGCUGUAAUUUAUAAUGACACUGCUGUAUUGGAAAGUCACCAUACAGCACUGGCGUUCCAGCUCACAGCUAAAGACAACAAAUGCAACAUUUUCAAGAAUAUUGAUAGGAACCAUUAUCGGACAUUGCGCCAGGCUAUUAUUGACAUGGUUUUGGCAACAGAGAUGACAAAGCACUUUGAGCAUGUGAACAAGUUUGUGAACAGCAUCAACAAGCCUAUGGCAGCUGAGGAAACCAACUCAAAUAGUGAGGGCAGUGACUGUGAAUGUGCACCCAACGUAAAGAAUUUUCCAGAGAACCAGACACUGAUCAAGCGCAUGAUGAUAAAAUGUGCAGAUGUAGCAAAUCCUUGUCGCCCUUUAGAACUGUGUAUUGAAUGGGCUGGGAGGAUUUCAGAGGAAUAUUUUGCACAGACAGAUGAAGAGAAAAGACAGGGUCUACCAGUUGUAAUGCCAGUAUUUGAUCGAAAGACCUGUAGCAUCCCCAAGUCUCAGAUAUCCUUCAUCGAUUAUUUUAUAACAGACAUGUUUGAUGCCUGGGAUGCAUUUGCACAUCUACCUGUUUUGAUGCAACACUUGGCUGUUAACUACAAACACUGGAAAACAUUAGAUGAGUUAAAAUGCAAGAGUCUCAGGCUUCCAGCGGAGAACAACAACUGAAGCAAAGAGAAGAAAACCUCUUGAUCUACCAGUCACACUGUGAAUCAUUUACUAAAUUAGAUACAAGAGGCAUUGUGUCUCCUUUAAUAUGAACUUACAAACUCUGCAGGAAGGAGAAAAUAUUUUACUCCUCACUUUUAAAAUGCUCUAAAUUCUACAAAAAUGUUUUUCAUCAAGGUAUGUAACUGGAGAUAAAUAAAUGGUCUUUGGAACUAUCCUUUCAAGGCAGAACAGGUAUUUCUAAAGCUAAUUCGUAAAGUUUGUUUUAGUGCAUUUGUUAAAUCUUGUAACUGGUGCAAUUUUAUUUAGUGACUAAAAUAUACUAUGUACAAAUGGCUCUCCUACAAAAGUGUAAUCUGUUCACCUGUGAAAUGCAAACAGGUUAUUCAAACACAAAAUACAGUAAAAACCACCACAAUUUGGCAUAAAUUUGCCCCCCUUACCGUAAGUAAAACUUUUAAAGAACUUUAUUUCUAAAGAGAAGCUCUAGAGUAGAAAAAGUGAGGCUUCACAAAUAGUUUCAAAGCCUACUGUUUUUAGAGAGGAACACUGGUCUAGACUGCCUACAAACUGUAACCGUUUGUUAUUAAUCAAACAUAGAAUAUAAUUUUACCUCUGUCAUAUUGCACAGAUCAACCUGUUUCUCUCCUUUCCCAUAUAAACUCUUGAUUGUUAUUAAAUCAGUCUAAUUUAAUUACAUUUGUUAUGUAGAGGGGAUUUAUCAUGGUUCAUAUAAUUGGUGCGAUUCACUCUUUUCUCUGACAUCAUACAGAGGUUACCAGGAGACAUUUUGUCAUAUUUUACAUAUAAGCCAAUACAGCGUGGGAUUGAUCAACAAACUUUAUAAUAAAAUGUUGUUUGUACACAUGGUCACUAAGAUUUUAUUAAAUCUAAAUUUUAUGGACACAAGGCCAUAUGUUGUGAUAUAUAUAUAUAUAUGAGUAUGGACCUGUAGCUUUUUAAGAGUUUUCAGGUUAUAAAUUAUAACAGCAUUAUAACUUGUGCUUUUUUCCCCCCUAAUAGAAUAUGCUGUUUUAUUAGAUGAUGUAAAAAGUAUUCAAAAGAUGUAAAUAAGUUAGAAACUGAACAUAGUAUUUUCAUUAGUUUUAAAAUAUGAAAUUUAUGGUAACGCUUCCAAAGCACAAAUGCAUAUUUUUAUACAUCUCAUUUUAAUCACUACUUUGUGCAAACCCUGAGUUCAGAUUUUAGACUUUGUUUAAUACUAGCAAAACAGCUAACAGCAGUUACUGAUUUUUAACACUGUGCACUCCAAGCUGCAGUCAAGAGUUGCAAGCUGUGACUUUAUAUAAAGAGGUAGCGCAUUGCUCAUAGAAAAUACAGGACUUUGGACAAGCUCUAUACCUCUAUUUUGUGCUGUAUCAAGUAGUAAACCAGGUAAAAAGAAAACAGACCUACUGCUAUGGAGGAAAAAUGAUAAUGAUUGUAGUUUACUGCAGGAAGCUUACAUAAUGUGCCAACAUUUUUUCUAUGUUUUGUACGAAGUUAUGUAAACAAAUGGAAACAACAUACAAUUUCCAUGCAGAGAAAUGUAUAUAAGCUAUAUUUUUGUUAGAAUUGUAAUAGAACCUUACUUUUGUCAUAGCUGAGGCACUUUGCUGUGUAUUAUAAUGCUGCAUUGUGUAUAUUUGAAGAAUGGUGUUUUUGGUGAACUGUCUAUAGUCAUUAUCCCCAUGAUGUACGACUACACAAAGUUUUAGCUCUGAUUACAUUUUUUCCCCAAUGGAUUUUUAUUCAAAUAAGUUGACUUCUAGGUUUUAUACUGUAAAAUGUUUGCUCUUCUCAUUCUUUCAUUUACAAGCAAGUGUUCUGCUAAUGGUUAUAUCUUGAACCAAUUAUAUGCUAAACGAUUUGAGUCUUGUAGUUUCUGUUGGAAAGGGGGAAGAUCUCCCAUGAAACUUCAAAGUGUGUCACUUGAACUCAGUUUAUUAAAUACAAUAUCAGUUUUCUGACUACAAAUGUUCUGUAUAAAGAUUUACUUCAACUUCUGAUUGUCAAAUUUUAUACCAAUUUCAAACUCUUGCACUACUGUAGGAAAUGUUAACUGUUGAAGAAAUAAAGCUCAACUACAGUUCUGUUCA